UUUAACACACAUAAAAUAAAAUCACUUUCGAACCUCGGAUCUAUUCUUGGCAUCUUCUCUCUCCUCUUCCAAAUCCAGAAAACCUCCCACCUCUUUUUCCCCAGAAAACGACAUUCAAAUUCAAACUCAUAUUUAUCAGAGGAGAGAGAAUUAAAAUUCAGUAUGAUAUAAUGGUGUUCGCAAAUGUUAUUAACUUUUAAAAGGGUCUCUUGGAGAUUGGGUUACACUUGUUCCAUUAUCUUGUGAUUUGUAUCCUAAAUUUGGUCUACAUUUCCCUUCUUGCUCUACAAACACUCUUCAACCAUCAACUAUAUCCAAGUGUAAUCAAUCAGAGGUUUUCAGAAGGAAGUAGGUCAUAAGCUUGUAAUGGCUGCUGUAUGUGAUAGGGAAAAUUUCGACUCCACAGGACCACUGCACCUUACAGUUGUUGAUUGGGAUAAUGAACAUCACCGGAGGUCUGUUGCUGCAUCCCUUGUUGGUGGGGUCUACAUCCUUGAGCGAGACCGCCAAGAAAACCGUGACGCCAGUGUAGCUCUUGCUCCCCCUUGGUGGGAGUUUUUCAAUUUUCGCCUCCUUAGACAACUUGUUGAUGAUGUUGAUCACUCGAUCUUCGGAGCCAUCUAUGAAUAUGAAGUAAAAACAUCCCCGUCGAAUCACUCACAGAAGGAAAUCCCCCAUUACGUGAUUGCCUUUAGAGGCACCUUAACGAGCCGUGACAGUUUAACACGGGACAUCGAGCUGGAUUUCCACAUCAUUCGGCAGGGGAUCCACAAAACAACUCGUUCAAGAAUCGCCGUCCAAGCGGUAAGAGACGUAGUUGCUUCUUCUCAAAAUCGCAACGUUUGGUUGGCAGGUCAUUCUCUAGGGGCAGCCAUGGCUCUUCUUGCUGGAAAGGAGUUGGCUGUGACGGGAACCUUCAUCGAGACUUUCCUUUUCAACUCACCGUUCCUUUCAGCUCCCAUAGAACAAAUCAAGAACGAGGGAGUGAAACAUGGGAUUCGAAUUGCUGCUAGUGUGUUAACAGCCGGACUUGCCUUUGCCAGGAGUGUAAAACAGCCUCAGCACAGAAACCGUUCAGUUGAGACUUUUUCUUCUCUAGCGACAUGGGUCCCAAACCUUUACGUGCAUCCUGCAGAUCAUAUAUGUUCGGAGUAUAUCGGGUAUUUUCAGCACCGGGAAAAGAUGGAGAAACUCGGGGUGGGGCAAGUCGAAAAACUGGCAACUCAGCAUUCCCUUGGAGGUCUCGUAAUGACAGCAUUCGGGCAUGAGGCAGAGGCGGUUCAUCUCCUUCCCUCGGCCUGCUUAACAAUCAACAUGGCGGAUGCUCCAGAUUUGAAGAAAGCCCAUGCGCUGCAGCAGUGGUGGCAACCUGAGUCACAGGUAAAUUUCAAGACCCAGGCAUACCUGUACAGUUAGUAUUACUGGUUUCGAGUCUGGCGCCAUUAUUUGUGGUUAAUCCUCAGUAUUGUAUCUUGAAGCUGCAUAUUUUGAUAUUGACUUGGGAGUAGUAUUGGACAGACUGUGGUGUACCUUUAAUCAGUUAAUGUAAUCGCAGAGUGAGGAGCAGUUGGUUUUUAAUCUUAAAAUAUUCAUGUUAAGAUUUGUAAGUCUUAUGGCCGGCUGUAAACUUCUUUUUAUUCGUCA